CGUCACUUCCGGGCCUGGGCGGGGUUUCAGCACGUGGGUAACGCGCCGCAGACAUGGCGGAUCCGACAGAAGCAGUUGCAGUUGAAGAGAAGAAAAACACACAGACAACAGAAGAGAAGAAAAACACACAGACAACAGAAGACAACAGCAACACGACAGACGACGAGACACAUGAAGACACAAACGCGGAAGAGACACACAAGAGCUUCAGAGAUUUGGGUGUCACUGAAGUUCUCUGUGAAGCCUGUGAUCACCUGGGAUGGAAGAAACCAACCAAGAUCCAGAUCGAGGCCAUUCCUGUGGCUCUGGAGGGUCGUGACGUGAUCGGUUUGGCUGAGACGGGCUCGGGGAAGACGGGAGCGUUCGCUCUACCCAUCCUACAGUCUCUGCUGGCGUCUGCGCAGCGGCUGCAUUCGCUCAUCCUGACGCCGACGCGAGAACUCGCCUUCCAGAUCGCCGAGCAGUUCGAAGCGCUGGGGUCCAGCAUCGGCGUCAAGACGGCUGUGAUCGUCGGAGGGAUCGAUACGAUGUCUCAGGCUCUGGUCUUGGCUAAGAAACCUCACGUGGUGAUCGCGACUCCGGGACGUUUGAUCGAUCACCUGGAAAACACCAAAGGAUUCAACCUGCGAGCCCUCAAAUUUUUAGUGAUGGAUGAAGCCGACCGCAUUCUCAACAUGGACUUUGAGUCUGAGGUGGAUAAGAUCCUGAAGGUGAUUCCUCGUGAGAGACGCACAUUCCUGUUUUCAGCCACCAUGACUAAAAAGGUGCAGAAGCUGCAGCGCGCGGCUCUACAGGAUCCCGUCAAGUGUGCGGUUUCCACCAAAUACGCCACGGUCGACAAACUGCAGCAGUAUUACAUAUUCAUCCCGUCCAAGUACAAGGACUGUUAUCUGGUUUCUAUCCUGAAUGAACUGGCUGGAAAUUCUUUCAUGGUUUUCUGUGGCACGUGUAAUAACGCCCAGCGGGUGGCGCUCAUGCUCCGAAACCUGGGCAUCACGGCGAUUCCUCUCCAUGGACAGAUGAGUCAGAACAAGCGUCUCGGGGCCCUCAACAAGUUCAAGUCCAAGUCUCGCUCGGUUCUGCUGGCGACGGACGUGGCGUCUCGAGGCCUGGACAUCCCACACGUGGACUGCGUCAUCAACUUCGACAUCCCCACACACUCGAAGGACUACAUCCAUCGCGUGGGCCGCACAGCCAGAGCCGGGAGAUCUGGGAAAUCCAUCACCUUCGUCACACAGUAUGACGUUGAACUGUUUCAGCGAAUCGAAGCAUUGAUUGGGAAGAAACUCCCCGCCUUCCCCACACAGGAAGAGGAAGUGAUGAUGCUAGUGGAGCGAGUGAGCGAAGCGCAGCGAUUCGCACGGAUCGAGAUGAAAGAAAGCACAGAAAAGAGGAAACGGCCGAAGGCAGGAGAGGAAGCGGCUGACGACGGCGAGCAGUCGAGCGGCGUGAGGAAGAAAGUCAAGGGCGGCUCGUUCAGAGGAAGAUCGAAACGAGGCCGCUGAGCGGCUGCUAGUUUUCUUUAGCAAAUGUAAUAAAUUCUGCAUUUUUUUCA